UUCCCCUUCUCCCAAAUUCCCACCCUUUUUCCUCUCCUUUCCCAUAAAUCCCAAGUGAAAAAUUGAGCCCAAAAGGGGAAGUUCUUGACUUAAAAAAAAGAUUGAACCUUUUUGUGAUUUAUUCAAUAUUCAAGAAAUGGACAUAGAGUUGGCAAAGUGUGAGUGUUGUGGGCUUAAAGAAGAUUGCACACAAGACUACAUUAGCCAAGUUAAGGAGAAUUUUGAUGGGAAAUGGCUAUGUGGGCUUUGUUCUGAAGCUGUUAGAGAUGAAGUGAAUAGAGGAAAAAAACAAUUUCUUUGUAUGGAAGAAGCUGUGAAGGCACAUAUGUCAUUUUGUAGAAAAUAUAAGUCUAAUCCUGCAAUUAAAGUGGCUGAUGGAAUGAGGCAAAUGCUAAGGAGAAGGUCUGAUUUGUCGUCGUCGUCAUCGUCAUCAUCUUCAAAUUCUUCUAAUUCCAAGAAGUAUUCAAGAUCAGCAAGUUCAAUAUCUCAAAUUGGAUUCGGCCGUAUGGAUUCCCACUUCUUCACUUAAGAUAAAAGCAGAGAAAAGGGUAACUUCAACUUUUGGUGGAAACAUAAAAGGUCUAACAACAACAACAUCAACAAGUGUUAUUUUGGAGAAGUCUUUCUUGAUCCCCAUCUUGUCUUGUACAGAGGAUGUUUGUUUUUUCAAUGGAGGCUACUAGUGGAUGUA